CGCUUGAAAGGUAUUUCCUUGACCUUGUGACCAAUAUGUGGGGAGCUCGCCUUAAACGCGCGCCACAUCACUUACAGCGUAUGGCAACGGAUCAAAUCAUGUCGGACCUUACAAAACAACAGGAGGCCAGCGCACCACCGGCAUAUGACGCGCCAAUUACAGUACAGCCCGGAUUUACUCAAGCAGCUCAACCAGGCGGAUAUGCACCACCAGUUCAACCAGGGCCUUACCCCCAUCCAGCUCAACCCUCGAAUUUUCAUUCCUCCUCUUCCAACACCACCGUGGUACUCAAUGCACCACAGCCGGCUGUCCAACCUGUGAACAAAAAACGGACUUGGACCACGGACAUUUUUGGAUGUUUCUCCGACAUGACAAAUUGCGCUGCUGUAACGCUCUGUCCCAAUCUUUACCUGUACUACCUGUCAAUGAAGCUGGGCGAGAACCUUCUCCUGCCCUGUGCCUUUGGUUGCAGUUAUCAGGUUUUGGUUCCUCUUAGAGUGAAAGUCCGAGCAGAAAACAACAUAAUGGGUAAUAUCUGUGAGGAUUGCUGCAUGGUGUGUUGGUGUCCCUGUUGUGUCAUGUGCCAAUUACAGCGUGAGCACGAAUUCCUCAUGAAAAACAACAACAACAAAGUCAUGUGACAUAUAUUACUUCCUGCUGACGUCACAACAGAUCAAAAACUUUUUUUGUACGAUAUUGGUAUUUAUAUUUGAUAUUGGUGAUACGGGUAAAUAUUUAUGAUUGUAUGUAUAUUUAUCCAAAGUAUUCUUGAAUUUUCUUUAUAUUAAUACACAAUUAAUAUAUUUGAAUUAAUAAAAAUAACAUGCA